AUGGUAAUAAGAAGUAGUCUCCUGACUCCGGAGGAAAGCGUUGUGCCAGGAAUUACUGGGUUGCAGGAGCCAUCUGGGCACCAAAAGCAGAAAAGGACUAGGAUGGCGAUCUGUACUCGUAACGCACCCACGUUUGCAUGGGAAGCGGCCAACGAAGAGCCGAUGAUGCAAGCCAGGAAGAUUAAGUACGACGUCAUCGGAUUCAUCAUACGACGAUGCCACCCACUUAGCGUCGUGUAUGAAACUGGAGAGGAGCUAUUCCUAGUAACGUGCGACAGUAGAGGAGUUAGCGGUGACAAGACAAGGCGCGGUUCAACGCCAGCUUUGAAUAUCUUCAUGGCAUACGCUCUAAGAUCAAACUACGAAGAAGAAGUCGAGGGUUCGGGGCGAGAAGAACGCCUGAGGACCUUGACAUCGGGGCCCACAGCAGAGAAUGAACAGGGGAAGAGACUCUCCGAGUUCAUCAUGGCGACUAAGACCAUUCGUGGGAACUCACAAUUGCAGAAAACCUUCUCUCUACGGUGGACGUAG